UCCUUUGCCGGCGCCAUUUGCCUGGGCUUCCGUGGACGCCAUUCCGGACUGGCCGUUCGAUCGAAUAAGUUACCCAACCUGAGCACUUACAUGGCCGAGCCCAUGAACAUUGACGAUGAUGUGACUUGCGCGACGCUUUCAGAAGACCAUUGCAGCGUGGCAUUUGGCACUGCCUCCGGCAUGGUCCACAUCGUGGCCGUGAACAAGGACUGGCUACACAUGAACAUGGUGCGAAGGGAGAAGCUCUUUACUGCCCACCAGGAGCCGGUCCUGGCCUGCGCUGGAGACCGCCAGCUUCUCACCUCCUCGGCGGACCGCAUGCGGCUGUGGUGCACACGCACCGGGUUUUGUCAGAAGGUGUUUUCGCACCACGGGGCCAUGAGUGUGGCGUUCGACCCGAAGGGCUGCUACUUUGCCAGCGCCUCCAACGAUAAUGUGGCGCGCGUGUGGAGAGUGGAUCCCGCAGAGCACUUUGUGAGUUUCUUCGGUCACUUGGCACGAUUGGAGGUGUGCCUUUUCCAUCCGAAUGGAAAGUACCUGGCCACUGGAUCGGCAGACGCCACCGGCAGAAUCUGGGACUGCGAGAAAGCAAGUGAGCUGGCGCUAAUCAGCACGAUUCAGGCCUGUAAAAAUGGAAUUUUCCUUCAAAGUGGGUUCGUCGGCCGCGAUGCCCUGAUUGUCAUCUGGACGAUGAGUUCUCGGAAGGUAAUAGAGUUAAGCCCGAAAGCAGCCGAGAAGAAGACUGCCCUUGUGAAAGCUCUUGAAACUUUUACGUUGAAUGUUGAGAAAUGAUGAGAUUGAUGCAGAAAUAGCUUCUCGGACCCAGGCGCUGAGGCGAGUCAUCGAUGGAAAGCACCGUCGAGUCCAUGAAUAUACAUAAGUAUCCAAUCUAAUUUUGGAUUCAUUUAUAUAAACGUAAACAUACGCAGUUCAAACUUUAAACAUUAAAACCAACUAUUCGGAUCGCACUCAUUGUUUGAACUAAUAAACCUCAAUGAUUCCGGCACUCCCUGAGUGGCCCCAAAAGACUAUUUUAAAUAUGGUAGACAAGUGCUAAAAGUGGUUCGCGGUUACAUUCAACUGUUUUGUGGUCUGGCUUCCAGCCCACCCACGCGAAUGCACAACAAAUGGAGCAACAAUUUAUGGACCGGCACAAACCCUCUGAAAGACGAACCGAAUGAAUUAAGUAAAAUUUCUAUUUCGAAAAAUUACUGAUUAUUUACUAUCUUGCAGACAUUGAAUUUCGUGUUUGGGACAAUUGGAAAUGGCUUUAUUUAUGAUCAUCCAUUGAGGGCUCAGCACACAUACAUAUGUAGGAACAUGUGCAUAAUUGAUUAUAGAUAUGUAUAUAUAUACUACAAUAUGUGAGAAUUAGGGACCGCAGCUGCUGGAACCUCAAAAAAUAUGUCCAAGGAAUGAAUGUGUAAUAUUUCAAUCUAAGCAAUUAAGUGAUGUCCAGACACAGUGUCUUUCUUUUCCCUUCCCUCUUGGAUCCAGGGAAGAGGAUUCGAAUUGGGAUUGGGAUUGUAAAUAUAAAAUACAAAUGUUCAAUCUAAAUUAAACAUAAACAGAGUUAUAUACAGUUGAAUCUUCUUCCGGCCAUAGGAAGGACACUAGGCCGAUCAGGAUGUCAGACAGCUGGUCCUGAUCGAUACAUACGUAUAGAUUAGCUCUCUAAGAAAUACAACUAACCUAAUCUAUGCAAUCAAAUUGAUAUCAGUUAAGAUUUUCAAACUUAUAUUGCUUAUUAGUUACAUUAUCUAUUGCUUAUAACGACCUUUGGGUAUUACUACUACUACAAAUUUCGUUGGCCCUUUAAACGUCGCCCCAAAGGAACAACUAUUUCAUCGAGGCUCACUGUUAAUUUACAUAAAAAUGUUUACCAAAUCCAUGACAAGAAAAACUCAAUACUCAUAUUACAGAAAUGAUAGCAAGACUAUCUUUGUAAAAUAUACACCAUAUGGUAUAC